UUCUUAAUCAGUCCAAGUGAGAAGUCGUUGAAUUGUACAGGAUAAGUCCAGUGAGAAAGUUCUUGUUUGGUGUCAAAUGAUGUGCCAGCUGGGCGGACCAGAACUGAACCGUGUUUACUGAGCAAUCAUCUGUCUGUAAACCUGCUCUCUCUGCGGCAUUUUGCAGGGACAGCCCGCUGCUUUCAGCUAUCUGGGAGGCAGCUGAUGGCAGAUAAGCGCCAGCCACACUCAUGUCCGAGGAUCUGGGUGUGAAACAACUCGAGACACAAUGUCUCUCGUCCUGAUAUCCUUUCUUCUAGCGGUCCUGCUCGGCCUCUUGUUGCUCUGUAUCGUUUCCAGAUGGCUGAUCUGCUCCCUGGUAGUCCGGAUCUUCCAGGCUGCUGUGAAUGCUGAGCUGAAGAUCAAAUCAGUGGGGCUGUUUUCUGUCCAAGGAGUCAGUAUCCAGUUUCACCCUCAGCAUACACUGGAAAUAGACAGAAUAUGGAUUUCAAGUCGACUUCUAAACCAGGAUUUACCGCGGUACCUUGCAUUAUGUGUUGGUGACGUCCGGGUUAGGUUUGACCUUCAGGUGCCGCUGGGCCCACUGGUAAAGACCGGACAUGGAAAAAAAUCAAAGAAGGCUUCAAUCAACCCCAAAACACUUAGCUUUCUGUCACAGCUCCUGUCAUUCCAUAUCAGCUCAGUUAACGUGGUUGUCUUAAACCUGGCUCUGUCAGAGUCUCUGUGGCACAUGACAGUCACAGGUAUCACAUUUUUGCUUGACCAUCAAAGUAAAAGGUUGUCAUGGAACUUCUCAGUGGGGCAGCUAAGCAGUAAAGUGCUCAAAAGCAGCCAGUUGGAUAUCUGUUUGGCUGAGCUGGCUCUUAGCCUGCUGCUGUCGGGGGAUAUGACCCUUCCAGAGAUGAGACCAGGCCAUGUGUCUCUGAAUGUGAGGACCCUUAUAGGAGAGCUGCAUGAGGGCUUGUUCCUCACCCAACUCCUUCUGCCACCCAAGUCCCAGAAAAACCAGGAUCAUGCUGUAUCUGAGUGUGAGAGCAUUGAGUUCCUUCAGACUGAGACUGUUGAACAAUUUCAUCAGCUCCUUCCUCACAAAGUCAACGUGGAGUUUGACAACACAAAUGUAACCCUGUCCAUGCACAGCCAGAAGCGACACUUGAACUGGACGCUAAAGUCUUUGAAAAUGUGUUAUGGACGUGAUGACGAGCAGCAACCCUUGAAGAGCUUCACUCCUGAGCUGAGCUUUCCUCAGAGCAGCCUGGACCUCAUCCUGGAGGAUGGACUCCUCCUUUCUCAGAGCAGGCAGAGGAUCCUGUGUGUGAACACCCUGAAGACGGUCCUGCAGAUUACCUCUAUGGACGUCUCAGGAUCCUUCAUAGUCAACACCUGCAUCAUUCACUAUCGUCACCAAGAGUUCUCCCAUUGGUUGAAUCUGUUUCCGUGGCAACAGCUACUCCACAGGAAGGAAGCCCACAGAAAGAGUCCAUUAGAUUUUUUUCCCACCCUCCUCUUCCUCAGACGUCUUCCUCACUUGGAUGCUCCCGUGAUGAUCUCCUCCUCCGUGUCCAACGUCAACGUAUCUGUGCAGCUGGGAGACACCACGCCUUUUGCUCUCGGCUUCAUCUCUGCCAAAUCAGAGCUGCAACAUCUUCUAGACCUCAAGGUUGACAAAGAGAGCUUGGAGUCCCAGAACCUGCACCAGCGGGCCUCGUUGUCCCUGGAUAACUUCUGGUGGAGAGUAGGUCAAGGCUCUCACAUCCAGCAGGCGCCGCACCCUCCUGGUAAACAUGUGUGGGGCGAAGCGCUAAUUCUAGACAACUUAAGUCUUCAGGGGAGCCUGAACAGAGCCCAGUCCGACUCGAGCAGCCAGCCUCCGAGCCUGAAUGUGGAGUCGGGUCUGAGGGGCCUCCAGGUGGAGCUGUCAGAGACCUGUGCUCUCUGCCUCUCCCGCAUUCUGUCCCUCCUACGUGUCUCAGCUAGCUCUGAACCUCUCCUGCCCGAUGCGUCUCCCUCUGAUGACAAAUCCAUCAAGUCAAGCCACUCCUCCUCACAGUUGAACCUGCUUUUUAAACUGGACUGUUGUCUGGAGGAUGUGAACAUUUUCACUGUCUCUAAUGUGGCAGGUGCUGUGUCUCUGCGCCUGGACACUGUCAGCAUCCUGAGCUCUGCAGAAAGCUCCAGAGUGUCUCUGCAGGGGAUGAGCUUGUCUCUGGUGAAAACUCUCACUGAGAACAUGGAAACUUGCUGCCCCACCUCCCAAACCAUCAACCCUGUACUCAGAGUGACUGCACUAACCGUCUGGUACCACGUCACCACAUACAGCCUACAGGUCCAGUGUGAAGAGGAGCUCACCAUACACUGGACUCCUCCAGACCACAUGGUCUUAUUUCAGCACAUGACUGAAGCUCAGGCUUGUUGGUGUAUGCUCCGUGGAGAAAAAGAAGAUGGUGGAGGAGCUGUGCCGGGUCAGAGCAGAGGCUUUUCUUUACGCAUUGAAAUGGGUUUGACUCGUUUAACAGCCCACGUUGGUGAGAAGAACUAUAUCCUGCUGCACACCGACGCUUUCUCACUAACGAAGCAUGCUGGUGCCAUACACAUCCGCUCCCCCCUGCUGAUCUUCAACUUUGAUGGCAACAACAUCGUCUCCUUUAACAACUUGGAGGUAGAGACUCAUGAUGACCUCACUGAGAUGCAGCUCCACAGAGACACGUUUCCUUUUCUAAGCACCGCCCACAACCGAGUCUGGGUCCUCACCUGCCCGUCUUUAUCCGUUGAGUUCCCCUACCAGUACAACUUCUCAAACACUUUUGACAUGGCCAUCAGCGUGCAGAAGUGGUUAAAGACGCUCCAUCUCCCACCAAGUCAAGCGUCCUCCGAGCAGCGGCUGCCACCCGAUCUGGUGUUCAAAAUCAGCCAGUUCUCGUUCGUCUUCCUGGAUGAUGUCUUUGAAAUCAAGCUGAGAGACAACUAUGAGCUAAUGAAGGAUGAGAGUAAAGAAAGCGCCAAGCGUCUGCAGCUCCUGGAUAAGAAAGUGGCAGAACUGAGAAAGCAGCAUGGAGAACUUCUUCCCGCCAGAAAAAUAGAGGAGCUUUACAGCUCGCUGGAGAAGAAACACAUAGAAAUUUACAUCCAGCGUUCACGGCGACUCUAUGCAAACACACCCAUGAGGAAGUCUCUGCUUACCUGGACGGUGACGGACCUGGAGCUCGUUGCUCUUGCUGAUCAGUCUUUCCAUGGUCCAGAGAAGGUGAGAGAGCAGCUGAGAGACAUCGACAGGAUCAGUCCCUUCCCCAGAGACGGACUCCCUUUGGCGGUUCAGUGGUGUCGUGCCGUCAAGUUUAAGCUGGAAGCGUACUUGGUGCGAAUUCGAGACUACCCUCGUUACCUGUUUGAGAUCCGGGACUGGGAGCUGUCAGGGCGUCUGAUCGGAACAGAGCAGGAUGGACAGGCGAGGGCUCGUCGCAAGCAGACUAUCCCACUCGGAGAUCCGUGGGGAGAUGUGACAGUCCACAGAAACAUGCCUCCACUCAAGUUCUACUAUGAUUUCAAAUCCAACAUCUCUCUUUAUACCAUUGUGUGGGGGCCUUGUUGGGACCCUGCCUGGACGCUGAUCGGCCAGUCAGUGGACCUGCUGACCAAACCCACAGCCGAUCCGUCUCCCCCUCUGGCUUGGUGGGACAAAAGUCGCCUGCUUCUGCACGGACGUUGGCAGAUGAACAUCGAACACGCCAACCUGCAUCAGCUGGCUACAGAGGAUCCAUAUAACACCACUGAAAACUUGCAUUGGGAAUGGACCAAACUGAACUUUGACUGGAAUCCUGGUCAGUUUGUGUUUAAAGGGAAUUUAGACGUAAACGUCAGGACAGCAUCAAAGUACGAUGAUAUCUGUUUCCUGCAUUUGCCCAACCUGUGUAUGACCCUUGACCUUCAGUGGCUUUGCCAUGGCAACCCCCAUGACCACCAUGCAGUCAUGGUUUGCUGUGCAGAGAGCAUUGCAGACGUGACCUCAGGACAACCUCAUGACUCCUACAGAGCUUUUCGCUCUGAAAACCUCAACCUCUCCAUCACCAUGGAUCUCGACCAGAACUGCUCUACAGAACCCCCUGAGCCUCGAAUCUUGCUGUACAGCAGCACUCUGCGCUGGAUGCAGAACUUCUGGGCCACCUGGACCAGCGUCUCUAGACCCAUCUGCAGAGGCAAGCUCUUCCACAGCCUCAGGCCGGUCCGCAAGAAGCUCGGUCAGCACUACAAACAGAUGUCCUACACAGCUGCCUUCCCACAACUACAAGUGCAUUAUUGGGCUUCCUUUGCGCAGCAGAGAGGAGUCCAGGUGGAGUGCAAUAAAGGCCACGUGUUUACUCGAGGGACGCAGAGACUUAUUCCACAGGCGGGCACUGUGAUGAGGAGGCUGAUCUCUGAGUGGAAUGUGACUCAGAUGGUGAGUGAGCUGUCUCAGGUGACGGUCCACCUGAUGGCCUCCACCUGGGACGAGACGGCUGACCAUCAGAUUAACGCUCAAGUGAAGAAGACUCAUCUGCUCAGUCUGUCAUCACUUAGCUACCAGCGACAGAGCAACCGCAUGGAGGAGGAAGUAAAUCCAACAGAUGAAACUAAUGCUUCUUACACUCACAAACUGCGCCUGGUGGAUCUCCGUGCUUCCUGGACAACCAUAAACAGAAACAUAGCCUUUGGGCUCUAUGAUGGUUAUAAAAAGGCUUCUGUGUUGAAGAGAAAUCUUUCAACCGAAGCUCUAAAGGGUCUAAAGAUCGACACGCACCUGCAGACGAAGAAACUCAAACGUUCUCCCUCCUACUACUCUCCGACCACAGCUCUUGUGACUCCGGUUGUUCCUGCUGUGAAUCGUGUGGAGAAAAGUCCACAUGAAGGAGCUUCAAUGUUGCAGAAGCUGAUUGAAGAAACGGACAAGUUUGUGGUGUUUUCUGAGGAAGACUCUGGAGUCAGUGACCAGCUGUGCGGCAUUGCAGCCUGUCAGACCGAUUGUGUGUUUAACCGCAACUGGUUUAUUGAGCUGGUCAACUGUCAGAUGAUGCUGCGUGGCACGGAAACAGCAGGCUGUGUUCUGGUGUCUGCAGCCAAGGCGCAGUUGCUGCAGUGUGAGCACCACCCGGCCUGGUACAAUGACACGCUGAAGCAGAAGACCACCUGGACGUGUCUGCUGGACGGGAUGCAGUACUUUGCCACCAUGGAGCUCAAUCCCUCUGAGCAGGAGGACAGACAGCUGUGGCUGGAGGUAAAAAACAUUGAGGAACACAGGCAGCGUAACCUGGACUCAGUGCAGGAGCUGAUGGAGAGCGGCCAGGCAGUAGGAGGAAUGGUUAGCACAACUACAGACUGGAACCAGCCCGCACAGGUGAAUGAGUCUCAGCAGGUUCAGCGCAUCAUCUCCCGCUGCAGCUGCAGGAUGCACUACAUUAGUUACAGUCAUGACAUCAACCCCGAGCUGGCCACACAAAUCAAACCUCCAGAGAUGAGGAACAAUCAUGAGAAAGAGGACCUGCUUAAAAAGCAAGCUGGUGCUGUGGAAACGUUCACUCUCAUUCACCAUGACCUGGAGAUUUCCACCAACCCAGUUCAGUACGCUAUGAUUCUGGACAUCGUCAACAACCUGCUGUUACAUGUGGAACCCAGGCGCAAGGAGCACAGUGAGAAAAAGCAGCGGGUUCGUUUCCAGCUGGAAAUUUCCAGCAACCCAGAGGAGCAGCGCAGCAGCAUCCUGCAUCUGCAGGAGGCAGUGAGGCAGCACCUCGCCCAGAUCAGACGCCUCGAGAAACAGAUUUACUCCAACAUCAGGGCUCAAACCGAUGAAGCCAACAGUGACGAACUGAUGGACAUCAACAUGCGUCUGCAGAAUCAGCUGAACCAGGAGAAGAACGACAUGCAGAUGAAAAGCGAGGAGCUCAACAUCCUCAUCAGGUGUUUUAAGGAUUUCCAGCUGCAGCGAGCAAACAAGCUGGAGCUGCGAAAGCCCCCAGAAGACGUUGGCGUGGUGCGAAGGACGGAGAUCUACUUUGCUCAGGCUCGCUGGUGUUUGACGGAGGAGGACGGACAGCUGGGCAUCGCAGAGCUCGAGCUGCAAAGAUUCAUGUACAGUAAGUUGAACAAGUCUGAUGACACAGCAGAGCAUCUUUUGGAGCUCGGGUGGUUCACAAUGAACAACCUGCUUCCCAAUGCAGCUUACAAGCGUGUGAGGGUUGUACUUCGACCUCAGAGCAACUGCCAGUCAGGACGUCAGUUUGCUUUGCGCAUCUUCAGCAAAGUGCGCCCCCCUGUGGGAGGGAUCUCAGUGAAGGAGCACUUUGAGGUGAACGUGGUGCCUCUCAACAUCCAGCUCAUGUACCAGUUUUUCAAACGCAUGAUGGGGUUUUUCUUCCCGGGAAGAAACGUUGAAGAGGAAGAUGUGACAGACGAGGAAGACAAGUCUAGAUUGGUCACUACUGCUAUCCCAGUCAAGCCCAGGCAGCUGUCAGAGGAUACCAUGGGUGCCAUGGGCCCCAGUAAGAGUAUCACCCAGGGACUGAACCGCACCGCAGGAGUCAGGAGGUCAUUCAGAAAGCCUCCAGAGCAUCCUGUCGACGAUAUUGAUAAGAUGAAGGAGAGAGCCGCCAUGAACAACUCCUUCAUCUACAUUAAGAUUCCCCAAGUGCCUCUGUGUGUCAGCUACAAGGGAGAGAAGAGCAGUGUGGACUGGAAAGACCUGAACCUCGUUCUUCCUUGUUUGGAGUACCACAACAACACGUGGACGUGGCUCGACUUCGCUAUGGCUGUGAAACGCGACAGUAGAAAGGCGCUGGUGGCUCAGAUGAUUAAAGAGAAGCUGCGCCUGAAGCCGGCUUCUGUCACCGAUCUGCGUGGGAAGGUGUCUGAAGGGAAGUCGGACAACAACCAGCAGCAGGAGGAAGACGAGAAGGCUCGGCUCCUCAUUGGACUCAGCACCGCAGAUAAAAGCUCCAGCAAGAAGAGCAUCUUCAGCCGCCGAAAGUAGAAAAAGAAAAUAGGAUUUUAAAAAGCUGAAGCACACCUCCCUCUGACACGGCUUCCUCCAAAGCACCCACACUUCACUCCAUUCUUCAGGGUUUUUUCUCAAAAAGGAAGAGGAGAGAAGCAUUUACAGUAGUUGAACUUGAUUCUGGAACAUCUCCAUGGAUAUGAUCCCAUUAUGACCAAAUGUGUGUUUUUAUGAUGUUUAUCUGUGUGCCAUUAUAGCAUUAUUUCACUAAGCGUUUCAUUCACUGUGCAGCUCUGGAAAUAAUAACCACUGGUUGCAUUAAAUGUAGCGAGACAGAUUCUUUUUUUUUCUGUUAAUGCUCCUCGUCCUGCUGGCUCAGGAACACACUGAAGAACAAAAAACUGUCCUGCUAACAACUGUAAGAAUCAUUUCUUUAAAAUAUUUUAUCAUAUUAUAUAUAGGAAAGCCUAUCCAGGCUGCAUGACUGUCACUGACACGAGGGCCGAAAUACUCCAGAUUUUACAUGUGCUAAUCACUCAGCCUGCUGUUUUACUGUCACUUACCUCAGUGCAAUUAAUGGAGAACAAAAAACAAAAUAUAUUGAUGUACUUGAUGGUUCUGUCAAAGGAAGUUGCAGCUGAUGGCAGAUCGUGUCCUCUGUAUUUUAACACUAAAGCACUUUCCAUGCAAAGUCUGUGAUAUUUUUUGUAUCCACAGUUAUUUUGAACACCUUUAACUCCUGAUUGGUCUUAAAAGUUUCAAUUAAAGAGUAAUCCAACA